GCAAAGCUGAAUUGUUAUAACUAUGACGUACGUCGUAAUUUUAUAUAACAUACAUUAUUAAUUUUAACUUCGUGAAGUUUUCUCAUAGUCUUGUUUUGAUAGAAAUAAAUCGAUAGUGUCUAGAUUGAAUAUUUGGUUUAAUUUCUCGUCUUCGCUAAAUUUUUUGUUUAUAACAGUAUGGUAAAAUUCGUAACCCAUUCGCCGUUUGAUAUAUUCCAUAGGACAAAAAGAAAAACAUUGAAGAAUUAUUCCAAUUCACAUAUUAUUUCCAUAGCCAAGUUCGACAAAUCAGACAGUUAUACUCCAAAAGCUUUAAGGUUACAAGUGAAUUCUCAGGAUGAUGAUUCCGGCAAUAAAAGUGUAAAUAGUUUGGAAGUACAAAGAAAUGAAGACUCUCACAAGCGUAAAUUAAAGAUUAAAGCGAGUGAAUACUGGAGGAAUGUGCUUCGUAAUCAGUGGUUAUUAGCGUUACAAGGAAUCGUUAUAGUGAUCGUAAUUCUCACUAUGAGAUUGUGGAUUGGACACGAGUGUAAAGAAAACAUUGUCGAAGACAAUCCUGCGGCACUGUGGCGUUCGUUUAUCGAGCGAUUACAAGAAGCCAUCAUCGACAUGGGAACGGAAUUUCGACCGUGUUACCGUGAAAUGGAUACGCAACAAAGGAGAAAGGCGAGCAUUCUGAAGCGAAGACGUAUUUUUAUGAACAGAUAACUGUUGCUCUUUUUUUCAUAUUGUAAAGAAAGUUAAAUAAAUGUAUUUUAUUCUU